GGUUAAUGUUAAUCACUAAGUAUGAAGGUGGUCAGUGUGGCCACAUCCACCACACAUUUGGUACAAGUGCCAAGGCCCAAUGAGUGACGUAAGCCGUGAAAGUGUGCAACCGCUCGGUCUAUGGCAGUGGUAAAUCGGCGCGUACGCAUCGCAGACGACAACUUCGCGGAUUCGCAACAUGGCACUUACAAAAGUCGUGACAGUUCUUCUGCUAGUCCAGAUGUGUCUCUCAGCACCUGUCGACGAUCCGAUUCGCAUUGACCUGCCGGUUUACGACCAGCCUCAAGCUGGUUCCGAUGUGUUGCAAAAUCAACCUCUAGACCCUGAGAACUACCCUGGAGGUGACCAUCUAUCGAAUAAUGGAGGAAACUUAAUUACCUACAAAGUACAAGCUGCACAAAAUCUUUUGGAAGGCACGUUAAACGCAAAGGCUAAUGUUCAUCAGGAUGGACUAUUUGCAGCUCCUGUAUCCACUUUAGAAACUGCCUUACAAGAAUCUGAAGGUUUCGGCAGCAAGAAAUUAUCAAUCAAGGAAAAUAUUCAAGGAGUUGUGGCCGGAAUAUUUCAGCCGCAGCCUAUAGUGGAUACCAUAAGGGAGGAAGAAAAGUAUGGAAAUUCGGGAGAUAAAUUUUAUAGCGCUGGAAAGGCCAUAGUGGGAGGCGCCGAGGGGCUCUCGAACUUCGUCAACUCGGUCCUAGAGGUACCAGGAACAGUUUUUAAGCAGAUCGCAAGAGUUGCCACGGAGAAGUUAAAUAAUUUAGGAGGAAAGCUUAUAGGUUUAUAAACAUACAAACAUUAUUGACCAUAACUAAUUAUAGAGGCUGUAAUUAACAAAUUUAAUAAGUCAAUUUUACUUCUCUACAAUUAAGCUCGAUGGUGCUAACCACUGAUCAAUUCAUUUUUCAUAAACGGAUUUUGGAUUUCGUAAACCGUUUAAGUAUUGAAACAUUCAAAAUUGUAAUAUUAAUUUGAAAACCUUGGAUAACAUAAUUAGUAUAUUGACAUGUAGAAUCGAAUAAUGCAUCCUUCAUUGAAACCAAAAUAUAUUAGUGCCCAUAAAGUCUGUAAGUGUAGAUAACAUAAGGUAGGUACAUUCUGAUUUCCUUUAAUCGGUAUAGAAAGUGCCUAUUUAGCUUAGACCAUCGCUUCUUCUUUAGGGAGUGACUUUUAAUACGGUUCUCAUCCAAUACAAAAUUAUGAAAUAGAUCAGGCAUCUGUUUAGCGGGAGGGGGAGGCUGCUGUUUGAUAUGUGUAGUUAUUGAUGGAUUGCACGGUGUACCGGUGCGAGGUAGGGUGUGGUCUAUGGAGGAUGCAGGGAGGUAAAGGGAGGUCUGGACUGCGGGACGCCUGCGGGGUCCGAGGUAGAGAAUACAUCACAAAUUGCACUGCGCGCGCUUCAAGCCUUCGAAGCUUCCUAACUGAAAAUCGAUUGAGGCCCGAACCCGGUGCAUUUCAUCGCCUCGUCCUGUUCUAAAUGUAAAAGGUCAUCUUUAUUCCAUUUUUAAUAUGUCCCAUAUUUUUUUGCAUUCAUUAUUUAAUAUAAAUAUGCGAUUAUGAAUAUGUACUAGCACGUACGAACAAUAAGCAAUUUAACUCUUUCAAGAAUAAUAGAAGAUGUAAAAUUUUUAAGCAACUUUACCCAAAUGAAGAUACAUGAACCUACGUUUUUUUUUGUCCAAAAAUGUAUUAUUGAUACCUUCAUAAUCCAUUUUCCUUUCGACUGGGUUUCCUAUAUCUUGAAAAUGGGCUAAAGAAAUGCAGUAUCGUAAAAUUAAAUCAUCCAUUUCGCUUAAUGAAUGUAAACUUCCGUAAUAAACAACAAAUAAAAUAUAACAUAAUUAAAUAUGAUGAACAAAUGUUAUUAACAUUUUUUAAUCAUAGUCAGAACAUAGGGAAUAGACCAGUAGGUAAGUUUAGUGUUAUAAAAAAUAUAUAAAUGGGCCUGAAAUAUACAAAUAAUAAAAUAAUUGAUAAUGGGGUUAGUUAAGUGAUAAGGUAAUAUUAAAUAUGUUUUAAGAUAAACAUAAGUGACAAACUUAAAGUGCAAAGAUAUAAUUAACGUGUACAUAGAUAGAACUACCUAUCAGUUUUUGUAAAUAUAAUCUUUAACAAAAUUCUGUGUUUUUCUAUACAUUCCCCUAAUUAGGCAGAUAAUGCGUUUUUAAGUAAGCUAUAAGAAUUGGGUACCUACUCCCAACCACCUUUCGAAAUGAAGAUGUCUCAACUAUGAAGAUUGGUUACGAUUACAAAUGGAUUGUGAAAUACCACUAUAUUUAUAUUACAUCUUUUACACAUAUAGAAAUCAAUCAGAAUGUCAGAGUAGUCGUAUUUAUGAGUAUGGAGAUGAUAAGGUCAAUAAGUGUACCUACAGUUCAACAACG